AGAAGAAGAAGAAGAAGAAGAAGAAGAAGAAGAAGAAGAAGUGAUAGCUUCAAGCUAAGGGGUCGUCUACUCAUUUGGCACCGAGAGAAAUCAUGUUUGAAAACUUUAAAGGAAAACUGCACAUGGUCCAGCAAGAUUUCUCAUCGAGGUUUGAAGAAGUGUUUUAUUCUAGUGCUGGGCUGGACAUUUUGAGCAGGUAUGAAAAAAGAUGGUUUCUACUCCAUAAAAAAACCAAGGACUGUGCUCAAUUGGCAGAGUCAGUAGAUGGUGAUAUAGUGAUACUCUCAGCUCUCUGGGAGAGGAGAAAAGCUGCUCUGACACAACUUCAGGAACAGCUCCAAGGCUUGCCAGACCUUAUCAAUGGACUUGAUGACAUCACUGCAAAUAUAGCUCAUUUGGAGGGUGACUUUGAGGAGAUGGAGGGCAAACUAGACUACCUGGAGACUCUAUGCUGUCAGUGCGAACAACAUACUGUUCAAACACAUCAUAUGAAUGAACUUGAUGCCUACAAGAAAAAGAAAAGGAAGGAAGUUGAGUUACUGGAAGCUGAACUGAACUGUGAACAUGCUCAGAGGGUGGCUGAACUGGAGCUGGCUAUGCAGCAGAAACGGAGAGAAAGACAAAAGGUUUAUGAGGAAGCCUUUCACCAAGACAUGGAACAAUAUCUGUCUACCGGCUGUCUGCAGCACAGAGAGACAGCAGGGUCUGAUCUUUGUAUUCUGGAUGAGAUCACAGUUGCUAACUUAUCUGACCAGGAAGCUUUGGAUGACUUCCUCAAUUCUACUUCUAGAGAUAUCAGUGCUGGAUCAUCCCUGACCUCAGGUGCAGACCAUGAGUCCUGCUCUUCUGACUCAUUGGCCCAAGUGACACUCAUAGACAACCACCUGUUGAGCCAAGUUGGAGAGUGGCAGGAGGAAGAGGACGAUGCUAGGCUGCUGAUACAAUCAGACGAGGACGAUGUACAAGAUGAUAUGUCACUGGUUGCCCUUAAGGAUGCUGGAACAACCUGGGACUAUGAUGAAAGUGACUCUGCAGGGGACCUGUCUUAA